AUGACCGGCCUGGUCGCCAUCGCCGUGGGUCUCCUGGCAGGGAAACUCGGGACCAUCAACUACGUCCUUUCCCUCGUCAGCGCUGCCAUCCGGGGCCCCCUCUGCGGCCUCUUCUUCGUGGGCAUGUGCGCCCCCUGGGUCAAUACCAAGGGCGCCAUGGCUGGCCUAGCCUUUUCGCUGGUCGUCAACACGUGGAUGGUAAUCGGGCGCUACGUGGUCAGCGGGAAGCAGCCCGUGCGGCUCCCGCUGUCCCUCGACGGCUGCCUCGACCAGGGAGCGGCCACGGCGCUCAACGCGACGCUCGGCCUCCUCGCCAACGCCACCGUCGACGCAGCCAGCGCCGCGGCGCCGUCCAAGCCAGAGGAAGAUGAGAAUACGAUCUACGACAUCUCCUACUGCUACAACGGCGCCCUCGGAAUCAUCAUCAACUUCGCUGUGAGCAGUAUAGUGUCAUGCUGUACAGGACCUAAUUUGCCCGGGGCCGUCGAGGCGCGUUUGGUGUACAGCCCGAGCGCCCGCCUCCAUCGCGCCCUUUCCUGCUGGCCGGGGCGCAGGCCGCCGUCGCCACAACCGGGAGAAGCGGCCCGGGGGGGAAGGGCGCGAGGACAGGGAGGCGGCUGUUGACAUGCUCUCCUUGUCCAGUUGACGAGGCUCAUGGCUUGAGGGGCACGUUUCCUUCCAGAAAAAGCAUCAGCUAUUUUUAUAUCAGCUUUA